UUAUAAAUUUGGACUGCUCGAAAUAUUAUCAGAAAACGAAAUUGCAAGUAUUGGCUUUGCAAAUCAAAUAAUUAGGUAGCAAACUGAACAUGUCGCUGACUUCAAAGAUUACACUGGGCCUGGCGGUGACCGUUUCCAGUGCCAUAAUAGGUUAUGUCCACUAUAAACAAUCCGAAGACCGCCUGAAACUGCACGAGGGUGUUAUACGCGACGUAGAGCAGCAGCAGCGACGCAAACACGAGAACCGAUACACGCUGCAGCAACAAAUUGACAUGACAAAGCAAUUGAAGGCGCUGGAGGCCUCCGCACCGUCCCAGUCUCAGUCACAAUCGCAGCCGGUGCAACAGCCCAAGAGCCCUGCAACCAAUCUCAAGGCUAGUGAUAAGGAGCCAUCAAGCACAGAUUCAGUUUAAACCACAAAAUUGUUCAACGUUUAAGUACAAAGUAGACGAUACGGAAGACAUUGCAA